AUGGCAGACACACGUCCGAUCCAUAAACAUGAAGACGAUGACGGCCACUUUCGACGGAAAGACAGCGUCUUCCGUAAUUGGAUCUCGAAAGAACCUGGUGCGAGAUUUGCUCCUGAACCCCAUCGGUACGCCAUCUAUGCAAACCUGGGAUGUCCGUGGGCCCACCGUGCCAUCCUUGUCCGCGCCCUCAAGUCCCUCGACCCCUUCAUUCAACUCAUUCUGACCGAUGUCGACCUGACCGAGAAGGGCUGGCUGUUCACAGGCCGUAACGGUUCUCCGCCCCAUGACCCACUGUAUGGCUUUACGGCUUUGAAGCAGCUCUACCUCAAAGCCGAUCCGGAGUACACCGGCCGGUACACGGUCCCAGUACUCUGGGACAAGAAGACGGAAACGAUCGUGAACAACGAAUCCGCUGAGAUCAUACGCAUGCUGUAUGACUCGUUUGACGAGUUUCUGGAGCCAGACCUACGUGAACUUAACAAACCCGGUGGUGGCUUCUACCCACCUCAUCUCCGCAAGGAAAUCGAUUCCCUGAACGAUUGGGUCUACAACACAGUCAACAACGGCGUGUACAAGUGCGGGCUGGCAACCUCCCAGGAAGCCUAUGACUCCAACAUCUACCCGCUGUUCAAGUCCCUGGACAGGCUGGAAGCACACCUUGCCGACCCGGCCCACCAGCCCUACCUGUUUGGCGAACAGAUUACCGAAGCGGAUAUCAGGCUAUACACCACGCUUGCUCGCUUCGACGUCGCCUACCACGGCAUAUUCCAGUGCAAUCUGAAGACGAUUCGGCAUGAUUACCCUCGUUUGUCGAGAUGGCUGCGAAACCUCUAUUGGGACGAAUCCGAGCGGACGAACGGGGGUGUCUUUAAGAAGCUUACCUUCUUCGAAAUUUACAAAUAUGCCUAUUUACACACCAAAGUGCGCCAGCUUAACGGUGGUAACACUGGUGGCAUACCCCUCGUCAUUGCUAGGGGACCUUUGCCGGAUAUUGAACCACUCACCGAUGAGGAGGAGCACGAGCUCAUCAACGGCGCCACCAGGAGGUUCACCGGCCUUAAAAUUGACUCCAAUGCUACGCCUGUGAGUCCCAGCAGCCACAAUCCUUUUUCCGCCCAGGGUGAAAAAGGCGGAAUGGGUGUCAUUUUCGGUGCAGACAUCGACUCCCCUGCGGACGAGUUGGCAAGCAAACCCACGACGACCACGACAACAGUCGGCUCGCCCUCAACCACCCAAGGUGAUGAAGAUGACGCCAGCUUGGGGUUCGACGAGAACGGCGAGUUCCAUUCCAACCGCGUCAUCAAGCGCCGCACCACACAUAGCGAUGAGAAUGCCAAGUGGUACAAGGAGGCAAAGAAGGCCGAGAAGAAAAUGGGUGCCCCGGCUGUGCAUCUAGCCUUGUAG